AUGUCGGCAACAGUUGCGCGGCCCGACCCCUUCAAGCCAGCAAAGAGAGUCGCUGGUCAACGUCAAGAUGUUUGGUCCAUUGUCAAUGAAGCGGCUGCUGCGUCGCCGGUCCAGCCGAUUGUGAACAUGGGCCAAGGAUUCUUUGGCUAUAAUCCUCCCAAGUUCGCCAUUGACGCUGCCAAGGACGCGCUGGACAGGGUGGAGUGCAACCAAUACUCCCCCACGAAGGGUCGCCCCCGCCUCAAGAAGGCCAUUGCAGAUGCAUACUCGCCUUUCUUUGGUCGAACCUUGAACCCAGAGACCGAGGUUUCCAUUACCACCGGAGCGAACGAGGGCAUGCUGAGUGCCUUCAUGGGCUUUAUUGAAUCUGGCGAUGAGGUCAUCAUCUUUGAGCCUUUCUUCGACCAGUAUAUCAGCAAUAUUGAGAUGCCCGGUGGUACUAUCCGAUAUGUCCCUCUGCACCCGCCCAAGGACGGUGCCACACGAACUUCUCCUGCUUCCGAAUGGUCUAUUGAUUUUGAGGAGCUGGAGAACGCCAUCAACUCCAAGACCAAGAUGAUUGUUCUGAACUCCCCUCACAACCCCGUUGGCAAGGUCUUCUCGCGGGAAGAGCUCGAGCGCAUCGGUGACCUUUGCAUCAAGCACAACCUUAUUAUCCUGUCGGAUGAAGUCUAUGACCGUCUGUUCUAUGUCCCAUACACCAGAAUCGCCACUUUGUCCCCAGAGCUGUACGAGCGCACCCUCACGGUCGGUUCUGCUGGUAAGGCCUUCUAUGCUACCGGCUGGCGUGUCGGCUACCUCAUCGGCCCCGAGCACCUGAUCAAGUAUGUGGCCGGUGCGCAUACACGUAUUUGCUACAGCAGCGUGUCACCUCUCCAGGAAGCUGCCGCUGUUGCUUUUGAGCAGGCUGACAAGGUUGGAUUCUGGGACGAGAGCCGGAAUGAGAUGAAGCAGAAGAUGGAACGCUUCUGUCAAGUGUUUGAUGAGCUUGGAAUUCCCUACUCUGAUCCUGAGGGUGGAUACUUUGUAUUGGCCAAUAUGGCCUCCGUAAAACUCCCAGCGGAUUAUCCAUUCCCAGCCCAUGUCGCCAGCCGUCCUCGCGACUUUAAGCUCUGCUGGUUCCUCAUCCACGAGGUUGGCGUUGCCGCUAUUCCGCCAACUGAGUUCUAUACGGAAGCCAAUGCGCACAUUGCCGAGGACUACCUUCGCUUCGCUGUUUGCAAGAAUGAUGAUGUUCUUGAAACCGCCAAGGAGAGACUCCGUGGCUUGAAGAAGUACAUUUCUCAGUGA